AUGGAUCCUCUUGAAGCACAAGCCGCACGACGCGUAGAGUCUCGGAAGAAGAAGACUGAUGAAAAAGCAAAGCAAGCAGAGGAAUUGAAAACCUUGGGAAAUGAAAGUUUCAGAAGCGGAAAUUAUCUCAAAGCUGUCAAAUACUAUGUCGAAGCCAUAAACGUUUGUGGUCCAACGGCCGUCCUGUUGUCCAACUUGUCGGCGGCGUUCGCUAAAGCGAAUUAUGUCGAAGAAUCAAUUUGGGCAGCGUCAACUGCUCUCGAAUGUGAUCCACGUUUUCAUAAAGCUCGGUUCAGGAGGGCUAUGGCGCGCAAGCAACUGAAGUUUUACGCUGCUGCCAUCAAAGGCACUGACCGAGGACUGCCUCUCAGCGCAAUAGUACGCGACCAUCCCCGCAUCGAGGAUGGGCCAUGGGAGACAUACGAAGAGUCUGACACCGAAGAUUGUGAGCACAAAGGAAAUUUGACCCCUUGCCGAUUUUACAACCACGCUGGCUGUGCGCGAGGAAGUCAAUGUCAGUAUUCGCAUGCCCCAGACGACAACAGUAUCCGUGAUAAUCUGGGCAAGAAUGUAUGCGUCGAACUACUUCUGGGAACUUGCAAGUUUGGCGAUGCGAAAUGCAUAUAUUCGCAUGAUACAAGUUUCCUCCCCGCGACUGGAUGGUGGAACGACCCUUCCAAAGUUCAGGCAGCAAGGGAAAUGCGAAACGAUGGGGAUGAUCUCGACGACAUGUUUCAUGAGGGCAUUUUAAUCACUGACUCAAAGAUCAGUGGGUAUACUGCUAGGAGGCGCCACGAGAUCAUCAUGAGUCAACUCUAUGAAUACUAUCAAGCGAUUAAAGAGGAAUCCAAGACGCCUCCACGGACACCGUCUCAAUCUGACCGAUUUGUUCUUGUUCUGGUAUUCGAAUAUGACGACCUAGUCAGAAGCAUUCACAGCCACCUACUCGCUGCACUUCGGCGAAAAAUAAAAGUCGUAGAAAUCUCAAAUUCGAUUGACAGUGCAUUACAACACCUAGCCAUGCCCAACCUUGCAGCAGUGUUGGUUGCCGAUCCUAUAAUAGCGAAGGAACAUCGAUAUGCGGGAGUGGUGUCUAAACUCGUCGAGUAUGUGAAAACUGGCGGAUCCGUCGCGCUUGCAGGUCAAUUCAGCAACCACAUUUCACCUCCACAAUUUGACCGGUUCAUCAAGAGGUCUUUUGGCCUUGAUUGGAAAUUUGGAGCAUAUCAUCGCACUACUUUCAAGGUCAACCCUUCAAACGAGCUCGUCAAUCGGAACCCGUCUUUGGUAGCGACAUAUAGUAUGAAGACCGUACACAUCGCCGACAUCUCUCCUGAUAUGGCGAUUUACGUGCCGACAGAUGGUGCACGUUUGCAAUCCAUGGUGUUUCCCGCCCAUCUCAUCAAGGAUACCUCUGAAUCACCUGCUGUAUGCGCAAGAGUCGGACGAGGUCUUCUCAGUUUUCUGGGUGAUGUCAAUGGGGAAGAAUCUUCAACCAACACGACUCUCGCUAUGCUAGGGCUCCUUGAUGAACCUAAUCCUGUUGUUGAUCCACCGCCACCGGAUCUCUCGAGCUCAUGUAACGCUGCUGGCCCAUCGAAUGGCACCAACGGUAAUCCAGAUAGCAGACCGUCUUCCAAGAAAAAGAAGGGGAAAAAGAAGAAGCGCAGUAACGCUCAGGCCAAUCCCCAAAAUGAGAAUUCCGGAGAUGGUAUGGAAGGAAGGUCAGGAUAUGCGGUUCUCAACGGCAACAGUGGAAACAUCCAGCUCGCGACCGACUUCAUACGAGGCCCAAGAAGUCAAUGGGGUGAACAGACCGGCUAUGCAUAUAUGUCUGAAGAUGAUGAGAACGGUGGUGAGGAAACAUCUGAAGUUAAGAAAUCAUCGCGCGCAGUUAGUGAGCAGGAGAUAGUGGCUAGGUCAGGAUAUGCUCGGGUGUGUGAAGAACCCCCGAAGACGGAAGUCACAGGCGCAGCCUCUGGUACAGAACGCGUUGCUGCUGCCUCAAGAACCUCUGGGUUUGUUCUCGUCGUAGCUCUUUCUAACUACGACAUGUUUAUGCGAAUCCAUACGGAGCAAAUCGAAGCUAUUAAGCAGAAAGCGGAGGUCAAGUCGGCAUUGACGCCUUCACAGGUCCUAGAGCACCUCAAAUCUCCGGACAUCCGUGGUGUUUACAUUGCAGACGAAGGGAUAGCGAGGCCGGCAAAUUCUCAAGCUCUAAACGAAAUUGUUCAAUAUUUCAAAAGAGGAGGACAAGUAGUCAUUGGCGGACUGUUUCCAAGUAUGACUGGACCUCCAGACAUCACAAAAGUGCUGUCUGUUUUCGGAGUCCCUUGGAAAGCAGGGUCAUAUACUCGCACCUUAGUGGAACGUAACAACCAUCACGAAACGGCUGCCAGAAAUCCAUCUCUCUCCGAGGAAUUUUCCAUGAAAGCUGUCCACCUCACUGGAUUUCACCCCGAAGAUCUCUUUUAUGAACAAUAUCCUCAAACGAGCAAUAAUUGGGAAGCACCCGUUCUAAGGACUAAGCGUGGAAAUGGGCAUUUUGGUUACAUCGGCGACGUCAACGCGGAAGAAGAGUCCACUGAUAUCAUCCUUGCCAUGUUGGAGCUAUUGUCAUCAAAGAGAGAAGUAGUCCCUGACUCGAAGAAGUUUUUCAUGAUCUUGACAUCUAUGAACAAGGAUGAAGAGUAUAUGAACCGUUUCAUGGGCGACUUCAUUAAGGACGCGAAAAAGAAAGCUGAAGUACUUCUUGGCCUGUCGAACGCCAGAGUCAUCGACCUUUUGCCCUCUCGCGACCUGCUUGGUAUAUUUAUCACUGACCCAUACAUCCUCAACAUCGAACAUGAGUACUUACUCUCCAAAGUGGUCGAAUAUUCGAAGCAGGGUGGUACUGUCGUUUUUGGAUGUGUGUUUUCUCGCCUGGUCUCUUUGAGUCAAUUUCGACCGCUUUUCUGGAACAACUGGGAGCUAGACUGGGAAAUGUUCAUGGGAGAAGAAGACGCCGUAGUUGCGAAAAAUGCCAAAAAUCCAUUGGCGAGCAAGCUGGACCAGCUCAAAGCACCCAACACGUUCCAGCUCGAUGGGGCCAAUUAUGUCAGAGGGAUCACCUCCUCGAUGGCUGUGUAUAUUCCGCAGAAGCGACAGCGUUUGUGGAAACCAGCAGACGGCAACUUUAGUUCAUCUAUCGUAUAUACUGAUGUUGGUAAGGGUCACCUUGGCUUCAUCGGAGUAAGCAUCAUGGACGAGAAUAUUCGCGCCAUAUUCUACUCGAUGAUAGGUCUGAUUUAA